CUAGGGUUUCCGACUUUUCUUUCUCCCCUCCCCCACGCCUCUCUCUCUCUCUCUCUCCCCCCUUAACGAAGUCGACACGGCGAAGAACACGGGCGGCGCGAUUGCGAGCUCUAGAUACCUCGACCCGGUCCGGAUCGGGCCGGCCAUGACGGUAGAUCGGAAGGGUGCCCAGGCGGCGGCGGCGGCGGCGGCGGCCACUUCUGCGCCCUUCGAGAUCCCGGCGCUCCAGCCUGGAAGAACUUGUGGAGCAGAGGAAAGUACCCGGAGUCAUGUUCUCGUCGAACCAAUAGGAAGCAGUGAUCUUCUCUGUAAUGAAUAUGCACUCUUGGCGCAGCAAAACCCCAAGGGAGAUGCGCUGCCUGUGGCAUCUAUUCUGCGGAAAAAGCGACCUCGGAGGUCACGUGAUGGCCCUAAUUCCGUCUCUGAGACGAUCAAGCGAUGGAAAGAAGUGAACCAACAACUUGAGCAUGAUCCACAGGGUGCAAAGCGGGCCAGGAAGCCACCUGCAAAGGGUUCAAAGAAGGGCUGCAUGCAAGGGAAAGGAGGCCCUGAGAAUACACAAUGUGGAUUCCGUGGGGUAAGGCAACGAACUUGGGGGAAGUGGGUUGCUGAAAUUCGGGAGCCAAAUCGGGUCAGCAGGCUCUGGUUGGGGACGUUCCCUACUGCUGAAGUUGCUGCUCAAGCUUAUGAUGAAGCAGCCAGAGCAAUGUAUGGCCCGCUGGCUCGUACCAACUUCCCUGUGCAGGAUGCACAAGCUGCUCCUGCUGUGGCUGUACCAGUGGCAACCGAAGGUGUAGUACGUGGUUCUUCAGCAUCAUGCGAGUCGACUACAACAUCCAACCACUCCGACGUUGCUUCUUCCUCGCAUAAUAAGCAACUACAAAUUCAAGCUCCUGAGAUUUCCUCUCGGUCAGAUUUGCUGGAGUCCACCCAGUCAGUUGAGUACAGCCAACAACAGUCUGUUCCUGAUGCUGUCUCAAGCAUUGCAAUGAGCACAUCUGAAGAGGAUGUUUAUGAGCCAUUGGAGCCUAUCUCCAAUUUGCCGGAUGGGGAAGCAGACUGUUUUGAUAUUGAAGAACUAUUGAAACUGAUAGAAGCCGACCCAGUGGAAGUUGACCCGGUGACUGUGGGCUCCUGGAACGAAUUCCAGGAUGCUGGGGCCAACGCUAGGGGCUCUUGGAACGAAUUCCAGUGUGGGGUCUCCUGGAACGCCAACGCUGGCAUGGAGAUGGGCCAACAGGAACCUCUGUACCUGGAUGGCUUGGACCAAGGCAUGUUGGAGGGCAUGCUGCAUUCUGAUUAUCCUUUCCCAGUGUGGAUAUCAGAGGAUCGGCCAAUGCACAACCCUGCCUUCCAUGAUGCUGAGAUGAGCGAGUUCUUUGAGGGGUUGUGAUUCCUACUGGCCGCCUUGCUCAUGGCGUUUGGUCGGCUUCCCCCUCGGCGUCCGCUGCUGCGUUUCAAUGAAGAAGAGGUCUUCCAAUGAAGAAGAGGUGGACCGGAUUGGAUUCCUUUGCAGAACUAAUAAGCUCCUAAGCUAGUUUUUUGUGCUUCGUUUGUAGUUCUGUUGGCAUGGGGACCCUUCUCUGUUUGGUGUUUCUUUUGAUAAGAAACCUUAUUGUGCAUCACGAUCUUUGGAAGUGGAAUAAGAAAAAUGUGAAAUGCA